AUGACAGCUUUUGAGCAAGCGGGGUCGCUAUUCACCGGUUGGAUAGGGUCCUGCUGGUCAAUUUUGUCACCAAGUGAGAAGGGCCAGGAUCUCCCAGUGGGGAAUCAAGUUAAGCGGGAGAUGCAGGUUUGCCAUACUCAACCGCAUCUUGUGCCCCCUAUGAAGUUGAGAGUGUACGAUGAUCUCCCCAAUCCGCGAAUUUAUCACACUCGGAGCUCGCACUCCUUGUCGUCGUGGCUGGGGGAGAGUCGGAACCUGGCUUCACGGGCUUCCACCCGGGCGAGUGUCACUACAUCUCGCAAGAGACAUCCAAGCGGGUUGACAAUCAGUGCCCCGUCGGACUUUCGUCGAGUUGAAUCUUUCCAUCAGCCUGUUACCACCAUCUACCAACCUCUUGACCUGAUUAUUCAUCGGUCGGGUAACCGACUGUCAGAUCUACCCUCGUUUGAUUCAUUUCAGUUGGAUGACAAUUGUUUACUUCCGACGCUGGCAGUGCCGCCCCAAGCUUUCUCGCAGCAGAGUAUCCGCCACCAACGAUGUCUAUCAACUGCCUCCGUAUUUACCGUGUCUCGAAAGCCUGUUGGCUCAGGGGAUCGUCGCUCUCUCGGAAACAUGGAUUUGACAAUCGAAACGAAGUCCCCGAAGCCUGUUCACAGUGCAAGUUCUUUGGUGCCACAUUUCUCCAUCGUCACUCCAGUUCAAGUCAAGCCAAGUGAAGUACCGUUCCAAAAGCCAAUUCUAGGACAUAGCAGAGCACACUCGGAAGAGAGCAAGCUUACGCUGGAUACCGAUAUCCUGUCCGACCACUCCAGCGACACCCAGACACCACGAGCAGUGCAAGAACUUCCCCAGACUCCAGUCACAUGGAGGGAUCCAGAGAACUCAACAGACCAGUACUCACCAAUGGAUUCUUCAUUCCUCAGAGACUCUCCCUCAGCAUCCAGCUCCAGCACAUUCCCAUCUCGGCUAUCUUCACUCCGCCGCCCCUCGUUCACGCCAAGCGACUAUCGCAAGACCAUCGCCUCAGUCCCUCUUCCCGACCGCGUCUCCCAAUGGCUUUCCCGAGAGAAAGGCCCCCCACCCAACUCAAUCUCCCACGAUGGCGAGAACGAAUUUGAAUGGGAACGAACUCGCACGUUGAGUGGUACCACUGUCGGAUCAACCAUCACAACCAUUACUGGUGGGGCCAAAGCACAACCGUCCAACUUCUCCGUUUCCAGCUCAUUUACUGGUAGCUCUACUCCGCGAGCAUCCCUGCACAAGCCCUCUAUAAACAGAGAAAAGGAGAUAGAAUCCUACCACCCCACCAUCUACGAAGGUCGGCCGCAGCAUCGUGCGUUCUCGUCGCGCCAUGCUGAGCCCGUUAUACUCCAAGAAGCUGCUAUCGGUGUAGCUUUCUGA